AUUAUUUCGCUGGAUAUUUCUUUUCAUCCGGGUUUGGUAAUGCAUAAGAAGAAUUGCUUGAAAUUAUAAUGGAUUUUAAGUGGUACCAUCAAGAAAAUAGGCUUUAUAAUAAAUUUUAUGUCUGACAAGUUGUACAGCUUUUUAUGUACAACGAUGACAACCACUCAUAUGAAUGGACAUGUAACAGAAGAUUCAGAUAGUGAAACAAAAAAUGUGGACCUUGCACCUUUUGACGAGCCUCAGAAGCACAGAGAAAUGGCUGUUGAUUGCCCUGGUGAUCUGGGCACCAGGAUGAUGCCACUACGGCGGAGUGCUCAACUUGAGCGAAUUCGACAACAGCAGGAAGACCUGAGACGCAGGCGAGAAGAAGAAGGAAAGAAACAGGAACUGGACCUAAAUUCUUCUGUGCGGCUAAAGAAGCUAGCUCAAAUUCCUCCCAAAACUGGAAUAGACAAUCCUAUGUUUGACACAGGAGAAGGAGUUAUUCUGGAGAGCCCACACUGUGCUGUGAAAGUCUUAGAAGUUGAUGAGCUGCUACCUUCUCUUAAACAUGUCCAGCACACUUUGGUAGACCCCCAAAGCCAAGAGGAAAUUUCUCUAAUAUUGCAGCUAGUCCAGAACACUGACUUUCAAAAUGCAUUUAAGAUAUACAAUGCUGUUACAGUUCACAUGAAUAAAGCGAGUCCUCCGUACCCUCUAAUCUCCAAUGCACAAGAGCUUGCGCAAGAGGUACAGUGUGUGUUGAAACCAAGCCAUCAGAAAGAUGGAAUGGAACUUAAUUCUUUAUUGAAUGCUCCUCAUAUUCAGGCUCUGCUGUUGGCUCACGAUAAAGUUGCUGAGCAGGAAAUGCAACCAGAGCCAUUAACGGAUGAAAAGGUUUAUGAGAAUGUUGGUCUGUAUGGAGGAGAGACAGUUAAAAUAGUUCGCAUUGAGAAGGCUAGAGAUAUUCCAUUGGGUGCCACCGUACGCAAUGAAAUGGAUUCAGUCAUCAUUAGUCGAAUAGUGAAAGGAGGUGCGGCUGAGAAGAGUGGGCUGUUGCAUGAAGGUGAUGAAGUUCUGGAAAUUAAUGGAAUUGAAAUUCGUGGAAAAGAUGUCAAUGAAGUUUUUGACUUACUGGCGGACAUGCACGGCACUCUGACGUUUGUGCUGAUUCCCAGUCAGCAGAUCAAGCCGCCACCUGCGAAGGAGACCGUGAUCCAUGUGAAAGCUCACUUUGACUACGAUCCGUCUGAUGACCCCUAUGUCCCUUGCAGAGAGUUAGGCCUAUCCUUUCAAAAGGGAGAUAUACUCCAUGUAAUUAGCCAGGAAGAUCCAAACUGGUGGCAGUCUUAUCGUGAUGGAGAUGAAGAAAAUCAGCCUUUGGCAGGCCUUAUUCCAGGAAAAAGCUUUCAGCAGCAAAGGGAAGCCAUGAAACAAACUAUAGAGGAAGAUAAAGAACCAGAAAAAUCAGGGAAACUUUGGUGUGCAAAGAAAAACAAAAAGAAACGGAAAAAAGUUCUGUAUAAUGCCAAUAAAAAUGAUGAUUAUGACAAUGAGGAGAUUUUGACUUAUGAGGAAAUGUCACUUUAUCACCAACCAGCAAAUAGGAAACGACCUAUCGUCCUGAUCGGCCCACAGAACUGCGGCCAGAAUGAACUUCGGCAGAGGCUAAUGAAUAACGAAGCUGAUCGGUUUGCUUCUGCAGUUCCUCAUACAACACGGAACAGGAGAGACACUGAAGUAGCUGGCCGAGAUUACCAUUUUGUGUCACGACAAGCAUUUGAGGCUGACAUAGCUGCUGGGAAGUUUAUUGAGCAUGGUGAAUUUGAGAAGAAUUUGUAUGGCACCAGCAUAGACUCUGUCCGGCAAGUGAUCAAUUCUGGAAAGAUAUGCCUCUUAAAUCUUCAUACACAGUCACUGAAGAGCUUACGUAAUUCAGACUUGAAGCCAUAUAUUAUCUUCAUUGCACCACCUUCUCAAGAGCGGCUUCGUGCAUUACUGGCCAAAGAGGGCAAAAAUCCAAAGCCUGAAGAACUACGAGAAAUUAUAGAGAAAACCAGAGAGAUGGAACAAAAUAAUGGCCAUUAUUUUGAUACUGCGAUUGUUAAUUCUGAUAUCGAUAAAACAUAUCAAGAACUACUUCGUUUAAUUAACAAACUUGAUACAGAACCUCAGUGGGUCCCAUCCUCUUGGCUACGGUAAAAAGAACAGUUCCAAGGCAAAGGAGGCCUUGGCCAACGGAAGACUGGCUCAUCCCUGACAUUAGAUAACAGGUUAAGC